CGGCUUAAGUCCGCUCACCUCCACACCGACUUUGUGAGCGGGCGAAAGGAGCCUUUUCCAAACAUGACGUGGCCGGAGCCCCCGAACUACUACGAGGCCCCUAAGCAUGGCUUCAAGGUCACGCUAGAGAACCCCACCUACCCAAUUAUCAACCCGGACCCCAGCAUCAGCGACGCGAUCACGAACAUGCGCCGUGAGAACUGGUCCAUGGUAGCUGGUCUGGCGUCUCUGGGCUAUGUAGCUGGAUACUACUUUGGGGCGAAGGUGUACUGGGCUAGGCCUACUGCCCUCUUCACCUCCAUUUUCCUUGGCAAGACCGGCCUGCUGUGGGGCAUGUCGGACAGCGCUCACCGCCUGAUGGGCUUCAAGGAGAACGGCAAGGAGGUCUCGGCCAACAUGCCCCAAGUACAGCGGGAGGCGUACUAAGCGGGAGCCUGCUUGGAAGCGCCCCGAGAGUUGUAUGGAUGCGAGGGAACAGCUACAAUGGCUAGGGGGAAGCGGCUGGGUCUGUACGCCACAACGCCUGGUUGUACAGGGAGUCGCGCGGGUCGAGGAAAAUGGGAAAAUUAGAUGUCAGCGUGGGUUGGGUAGGAAAUGGUGGUUAUGCGCACGGUGAGAGAUGAAUGGCGGUAUAAUCAUGGUUCAAAAGGAUGUUUGUAACUUGUCCAAGGGUAAGCUAUGCCCUGGUGCAUGGCCGUGCCUGGACGUGUUUGUGUUUGCUUAGCAGGUCUGUAUGGCAGAAGCAGGACAUGAGACAAGCAAGCCCUUGCACAGUUGUAAUCGACUAACGGUGU